AUGGGGCACCUCUGCUCAUGGGGCUCCCCUCGGCCCCCGUGCCCUAGUGAGGACCCGAAGGCUCCAGGGGACAGCGAGGACCAGCAGCUGGCGGUGGCUCUUCGCAUCCGUCCGAUGAGUGCCGCUGAGCUGGCGGGGGGAGCCAGGCCCAUCGCCCACCGCGUGGAUGACCAGGUCGUGGUGCUGCGAGACCCCAUGGAAGACCCCGACGAUGUCCUGCGUGCCAGCCAGUCCCAGAAGAAAUCCUACAUCUUCGACAUGGCCUUCGACACCACAGCCACCCAGGAGACCGUGUACCGUGCCACCACCCAGGGCCUCGUUGCGGACAUCAUCUCUGGCUACAAUGCCACCGUCUUUGCCUAUGGCCCCACUGGCUGUGGGAAGACCUAUACCAUGCUGGGCACCCACAGCGAGCCCGGCAUCUGCGCCCGCACCCUGGGCGACCUCUUCCAGGCCAUCGAGGACACCAGCGGUGACACGGAGUACGAGGUCUCCAUGUCCUACCUCGAGAUCUACAAUGAGAUGAUCCGGGACCUGCUGAACCCCUCGCUGGGCUGCCUGCAGCUGCGGGAGGACGCCGGCGGCACCGUCCAGGUGGCCGGCAUCACCAAGGUCUCCGCCAUCAACGCUGAGGAGGUCAUGCAGCUGCUGGCACGGGGGAACAGGCAGCGGACGCAGGAGCCCACGGCUGCCAACCGCACCUCGUCACGCUCCCACGCGGUGCUGCAGGUCACCGUGCACCAGCGGCGCCGGGGCAGGGGGCUGCGCCACGGCCGCCUCUUCAUGAUCGACCUGGCAGGCUCUGAGCGGGCGGCGCAGACGCAGAACCGCGGGCAGAGGAUGAAGGAGGGAGCCCACAUCAACCGCUCACUGCUGGCCCUGGGCAACUGCAUCAAGGCCCUGAGCGACCAGGCGAGCACCAAGUACAUCAACUACCGUGACAGCAAGCUGACCCGCCUGCUCAAGGACUCACUUGGGGGCAACAGCCACACGGUGAUGAUCGCCCACAUCAGCCCAGCCAGCACCGCCUACGAGGAGUCCCGCAGCACCCUUGCCUACGCCCACCAUGCCAAGAGCAUCCGCACCACGGUGAGGCGCAACCUGCUCGGUGUCUCAUACCGUGUGGCACAGUAUGGCAGCGUCGUGGCUGACCUGCGCAGGGAGAUCCAGCACCUCAAGGGCCGUGGGGACGCUGAGCCAGGGCAGCCGGGGCAGGCCCAGGUUCAGCUGUGCAGUGCCCGCUGCACCCACCCGCAGCUGGGCCGCAUGCAGGAGGAGCUGCUCGGUGCCCACCGUGAGCAGGCGGCCCUGCGCCACCUCCUCCUCCGGCUGGAGGGCACCGUGCUGCACGCCCAGCACCUCCUUGCCCUCGCCCGCAGGAUGUGCCAGGGCUGGCAGGGGAGCAAGGAGGGGCAGGAGGAGCCAGACGGCCCCGGUGACAACGAGAGGGAUUCAGACACGAGGGACAAGCGGUUGGACAUGCCAAAGCCACCCGACGUGGCCGCUGCCCAUGAGAGCAUUGCGGCUGUGGUGGAGGAGCAGGGCAGGCUUCAGCAGCAGAAGCUGGCGCGGUGCUUCCGGCAGAGCCAGCAGCACGCGCGGCGGCUGGAGGAGGCCCUGCGGUGUCGGAGCAGCUCGGAGGAGCAGCGGGAGGUGCUGACCCUGCUGCGCCGUCUGCGCCAGCUGGAGCUGGAGAUGACAGAGACACACUCCUGCACCCUGCCUGAGGGUGGCCUCCGGCACCCGCCGGCCGCCUCUACACAGUGCUUUGACCGGCACCAGGCCCUCUGCACCCAUAUCAUCCAGCAGCAGCGGCAGCUCAUCGCCGACCACCGGCUGUCGGUGCCACGGCCGCUGGAGGAGCUGUACGAGACCUACCUGCGGGAGCUGGCGGGGGGCCCCAGGGACACUGGCACCCUCAAGGGCACGUCCCUGCCCAAGAUCCCGCAGGCGAGCGCCGCGGAGAGCCUGCCGGACUCGGACCGGGACAGCGUGUGGGCACAGAGCUGCGACCACCCCACACCACCGUGGUGUGAUGCCUUCCCACCCCUGCACCCCGCAGGGCACAGGUAUGGGUGGGCAUCCACCACCCCCCAUGUGCACAGAGCUGUCACUGUGGCAGAGGAGCGCCGGGAGAUGUUGAGCAGCACCAAGAGCAUCGUGGCCAAGGCCACCCAACACCAGUCCCGCAUCCUGGAGAGUGCCCAGCUGCACCCGCCGGGGUCCACAGAGGAGCAGGGUGGCCCCGGGCUGCGGCACACAGCCAGCAAGGACAGCCUGGCGGGGACGGCCACCCGCUCCUUGGGCACCUGGCUGCGGGUGCGUGAGAAGGGCAGCAAGGAGCUGGGAAGGAGGGAAGAAUUUUUGGAUGGCAGAAGGCGAUCAAGGCGGUCACAGUCCUUCGAGGUCACCGGCUGUGGGCUGGUGGUCCCCAGGGAUCCCCCGCCAUCAUCCAACACGCUGCAGAGCCGCUCGGAGCACACCAUGCCAGCAAGGGUACAGGCAGCCAGCACCCAGGGUCCCCCCAAAGCUCUCCCUGGAUCGAAGCCCUUGCACAGCCAGCUGCCAGGAAGGGCCAGUGCCUGCGUCACCGGGAACAGUGCCAGGGCCUCCGGCAAGGAUGGAGGGAGUCAUUGGUACUGA